UCUACCCUCUAACACUUAUUUUUCGAUAAUAUUAUAUUUGAUAAAAUUAAAAAAAAAAACUGUUGUCUUCUUUUAAAAUUGUAUCAAUUUAAGUUUUUUUAAGUGGAAACACACGUGUUUAACUAUCUUAAAAAUAAGGAAAUGAUCUAAACAAGAAAAUGACCAGCGAUUAACAACUUUUGAACCAGUACUUUAAAAGAUAUUAGGACUUUUAUAGGGUUCAUAAUUGUCCAAAUAUAAAAUAAACAGACUCGCUUUACUCAUCGCGCCGUAGUGUAAAAAUCCUAAUGUCUUGUAAAAUACUAUUUCAAGUUCAUGUUGCUAUCGAUUAGUUAUUUUCUUAUUUUUAUGCUAAUUUAUGCUAAUCAUAUAUGUAUCCAUUUAAAAAAAUUAGGCUGGUAUUAUUUUAAAGAGAGAUGAACCAUUAAUUUCUUAAUAAAAAAAUGUAUAAUAUUUUUAUACAUUUAAAUAUAUUACGUGAGGUAUAGUUAAUCGAUUAUGUUGUAGUACUAUAUUUUUACUUUUUUUUAAGGAAGAUUUCUUCAACAUCGUUAAUUUUUUUAUUUUAUUAUUAUUUACAAUUCUAAUACGCUGUUUAUAAAUAGCCCUAACUUAUGUACUUUAAAUAGACUAAUUUUUAUAAUUUUAUUCAAAACUAUAAAAGUCUCCUUCAUAAAUUAGCGUCAUAACUUAUUCUUAGUAAAAUUAAGUAUAAUAAUAUAAUUUAUUAUCUGGAAAUAUUUGACUUAAUGGACUAUUAAGUUAACAGUUGUACAGUGAAAAUAAAUAAGAGUUCCACAUCAAAACGUUUUUGUGAAAGUGUUUAAAUCAUUAAUUGUCAUCAAAAUAAUGGUAACCACUAAUUUUCGAUACUACUGCGUAAAACUUAGUUAGAUUCUGAUUUAAAAGUUUUUAAAAAUCCUAUUAAACUAAUAUUUAAUAUUAAAACUGUAAGACCACUCCUAAAUUAACCUAGUUUAUGUUAUGUAUUAAUAGUUUUUAUUUUACCACGGUACCCCAUAACACGGAUAUAGUAUACAUUGUUUAUAAAAGCAAUAUAAAUUCUUAUAUCUAGAAGAUCUUAAUAUUUUUUGUUUAAAAUAUGCCGCAUCGUUUAAAUAGAAAUCGUAUUAGUUCUGUUUUGCUUGAAUUACGGAAGCAUGUCCAGAUUCACUUCACCGUACAUUCUGUCCCAAUUAUUCACAAACCUUGAAUAUAGAGAUAAAUAAAAAGUGCAUUGUACAUAGGAAUGAUCUUAUUUAAAACUGCUGUCAUCAAAAAGAAAAAUUAAUGUAAACAUUCAGAAACAUUAAAAGUGAAUAUAAAUUAAUGUAUUAACUGAAACAUCACAUCUACCUAUAAAAUUGUUUAUUGACUUAUUUUUUAAAUAAAAGUUGACCGUUAUUUUAUCUUACAAUCUUUUGUUAACAUAAAAAAACUAUUACGCGAUGAACUUGUUUGAAAAUUGAGAAGUUGAUCAACAAAUGAUUAUUAAACACACCAGCUAAUUAUAAAAGUGAAAAACAAUUUUCAAAAGCGAUUUUUAUAAAUGUUUUAAUAAAGAUAUCGGAAUAGAAAAUACAUUUUGAUUUUAAAUUAUCACUCUUAUAAUAAAUGAAUAAUGUCUAUGAAAUAUAAAAUUACUUAAUACUAUAACCGAGUUAAAUCGUAAAAUAAGGUUUCUCAAAACUUCUACAUUACAUGUUACAUAAUUGGUUAAUACGCAUUCUAUUCAAGUAGCCAAGUAAGUAUUUCAGUAUUUUACAGUGUCACGCGGAAAAUCAUUCUAGUUUUGAUAAAAAUUUAUAAAUUAAAGUUGUACAACAUUUCAAUUGUUAUACUGAAAUGAUACCUAAUCGUCAAGGCUUAACUGUACCGUUCGCGAUUUUAUGUAUUGUUGAUUUAUUUGGUGUCUUUCCUAUAGUUAUGUUACCUGGGCCUAUAAUGAAAUGCGGGUGGUUAGGAAUACCUUUGGCCAUUUGUGUUUUUGCGGUUCAAAUAUACACAGCAAUAUUGUUGGGAAAAUGCUGGAUCAUAGCCGAAGAAAUUGAACCAAAUAUUAUACAUAAAAAUAGGUAUCCUUAUGCCGCAAUAGCUGAACUAGUAUUUGGAAGAAAUGUUAAACGAAUAGUAUCUGUAAUGCAAGAUAUUACUGUAUUUGGAUCAACUAUACCAAAUUUAUUAAUAGCUGCUGAUAACCUUCAUACGCUUGGAAUGAAAGCGCCCGAUGGAAUCAUUAACAUAUCGUUUUGUUUUUGGUUAAUUAUUAUUGGACUAGUGUUAUGUCCGCCGAUUUGGCUCGGUAGUCCAAAAGACAUGAAGUUAAUCGGUUCAAUAUCUGUGUUUACUGUGGUUUCUGUGUGCGCAUUAACGUGGAUAAUAAUGAUGCAAAUACCUAAUGAUAUUAAUUAUCCUGUAGCCGAACCAUCGUGGAAUACAAUAGCUUUAGCUUAUGGUGUGCUUGCUUUUCAGUUUGAUGUUCAUCCAUUGAUUCUCACCGUGCAAAUGGAUAUGAAAGAUAGGAGAAAAUUACCUUUUGUACUUAUAGGCGCAUUUUUCAUUACAUGUUGUUUAUUUUCAAUAACAACAGUCAUCGCAUAUUUGAAAUUAGGAGGCUUAGUUAACUCAAAUUUACUCGAUGCUUUACCUGAAAGUCAAGUCUUAAAUAUUGACAUAAUUCUAGUUACUCUCCAAAUAUGUUUAUCAACAGUGGUCAGUACUACCGCAUUAUUUCAAAAUAUCGAACACCAUCUUCGUAUACCAAGAGAAUUUACAUGGAAAAGAUGUAUAUUGAGAACAUUUGUUAUGAUGUUGGCUGUAUUGAUUGGAGAGGUCGUGCCUAGAUUCGAUUUGGUAAUGGGAUUGAUUGGUUCAUUACUUACGGGUCCGCUGAUGUUUAUCUUACCACCAAUAUUUUAUACUAAGAUAAAAUCACUUCAUUAUUCAAAGAUAAAAACUUCAAAAAGAGUUUGUUACCGAACAUUUCCUAAUGCUAAAUUAUCGUUGGACGUCGGAUCAAGACGUCUAAUAUUAGCGUCAUUUCUGGUUUUUGUAGGCGUAUUAGCUACAGUAUUGUCAACAAUAUCUAAUAUCCAAGAUAACAUAAUCAAUUCUAAAUUAACGAUGUCUUGUUGGAUGCAAAUUUUCAUUUGACAUAUACAAGAAUAUUGCCAGCAUCGAAUAAUUGAGGUUUGAGAUCAACAAAGAAGAACCAUAAAUGUUUCCUAAAAUGUGUGCAUAGUAUGCCAGAAAAUUUUUAAAAAUAAACAAAUUAUAAGAAUUUGUCAUUUAUUUUAAGUUAUAUGACAUGUAUUGUUAUUAUCUAGGAUUCCAGGUUAACGACAUAGGUGUAUUGUUUGAUUUGUACACAGACGUAUAGUGAAAUUUUGUGAUAUUGAAAGCUAGAUCUUUAUAAAUAAACUAUUACUGUCAUA